CAAACAUGGAUGUCAGACUGUUUGACCGCCAAAUUACAAAGGGAAUUUUUGAGGGAAGAUUUGACUGAUUGCAUUGUGUUCAUGGAAUUCAAAAGUACUGGAUCGCAACGAACUUGAUAAAAUGACAGAAGUUCCAGUAAAAGUUGCUGUUCGGGUACGCCCUUUGGUUGGCAAGGAGAAAGUCCACAAUGUCCCACAGUGUGUGCGCUUUAUUCCAGAGAAGCCUCAAUUGAUCCUUGGAAAGGACCGGGGAUUCACAUUUGAUUACGUGUUCCCUCCAAAAGCAAGUCAGACAGAGGUUUAUGAAAAGUGUGUGGAACCAUUGGUGAAAAGCUGUAUGGAAGGAUAUAAUGCCACUGUGUUUGCUUAUGGACAAACUAGCUCUGGGAAGACCUAUACAAUUGGUGGAACUGACAGUGCUGGCCUUUUGGAAGAACAGUAUGGGAUCAUUCUUAGAGCUGUUAAACAACUUUUUCAGAUUAUGGAGGAAAACAAACACAAAACAGAGUUUGUUGUGACUGUAUCCUAUGUUGAGAUUUACAUGGAGGAGUUGAGAGAUUUACUCGAUAUGGAUACAUCCAGCAAAGAUAUUCAUGUCAGAGAGGAUGAGAAGGGAAAUACAGUUAUUGUAGGAGCCACUGAACAGCCAGUGAACACAGCAGAUGAAGUUAUGAGCUGCCUGGACUCAGGAUCAGCUGGGCGGCAAGUGGGCACCACGAAUAUGAAUGAACGCUCCAGCCGAUCACAUACGAUUUUCACUCUAUAUGUUGAGCAAAAACCUCUGGCUGAAGAUGAGCAUGUGGACAGUGAGAAAAAGAGCGACAUGGACUUCACGGAUUACAAGUAUGCCAAGUUCCACUUCGUUGAUCUUGCUGGUUCAGAGAGAGCUCAUCGAACAGGAAACGUCGGUGAAAGGUUUAAGGAGUCUGUGUACAUUAACAGUGGUUUGUUAGCGCUGGGAAAUGUGAUUAGUGCUCUGGCGGACUCCAAAAAGAAGGUCCUCCAUGUUCCAUACAGGGACAGUAAGGUAACAAGACUGCUAAAAGAUUCCUUGGGAGGCAAUUCCAGAACAUUGAUGAUAACGUGUCUCAGUCCUUGUGCAACAGACUUUGCGGAAAAUUUGAAUUCUUUAAAGUAUGCCACGAGGGCUAGAAACAUUCGCAACAAGCCAGUGGUUAAUCGUGAUCCACAGAAUACAAGACUGGCAGAAAUGCAAAGCGAGAUACAGGCUCUCCGUGAAGAACUUCAACGGCGCCGUGGUUCAUCUUUUGGGUCUGCCGGUACAGGAGAAGAUGCCGAGCGAAUCAAGUCGCUAGAAGAUGAAUUAGAAAGAUCUCGUGGAGCGUGUGACACAUAUAAACAGCUUCUUUCCGAUGCUUUAAAUCAAUUAAAAGCUCUGCAUAAGGCCGGCGUGAUGUCAAAUAAUCAGUGUAGCCAGUUUGACCGGUUGCUUAAAGCUGUAGAGCAGAUCAGGUCGAGACCAAUCUGGACUCCAAACACCAGUCGUCAACAACAAGCCGACUUGAUAGAGCAGCUUAAGAAAGAACUUAACAAGUACAAGGAAGAUUUGUCAAGUGAUGAAGAAAUAUUCGCGGAGAAAUCAAAGGAGAUCGAAUUUUUAAGGGAGCAUGCGCAUAAACUCGAGGAAGAGAAACUUAAACUCAACAACCAACUGCAAGAAGCGCAGAAUCGCUUGAAAAAACAUGAAGAUCAACUAUUCCAGCAACAACUCCAGCUUAAUCAACUCCUUCUUAACCAAGGGGGUCAUCAAGAAGACAAAAUGGUCUUCUCCAGUCCUCGAGGAACACGUAUUCAUACUGCGCCAUUAGUUGAAGAUGGGACGGCGUCUAUGAAUGAUAGAGAAGUUCACAGCAGCCCGCCUGUGUUCAUAGUUGACAGAGUCAUACAAGAUUUCAGAGCACGCAGUCAGUUGCUAGUCAGCCAACACGAGGAGGAAGACGAGGUUGUAUGCACCUUGUCUGACAGCAGUGAAAGUGCAGACGAGGUGGAUGAAGAACCUUCAAGGGAAUUGGGCAGGACUUGGAAUAUGAAAAGAGAAAGCUCGAAAAUACCACGGGUACCUGAGACUGUUCCUAAACAAUCAAAGACUUUAAAGAUCUUGGGUAACGGCAAGGUCUCUACAAAAGAUUUGGCAGAAUCGAAGGGCAGAGGGUCAAGACCUGACUCAGCGGAACAUAAUGAAGUUGAAGCAUUGCGAUCGAGUACUCAAGUUAUCGGAAACGAAGUGAAACAAUCAGAGUUAAGACUCCACUCCGCCCAGCAAAAACUGAGAGAUUUAACUAUUAAUAUAAGGCAAAAAGAGGAGUUGAUCAAGGAACUAGCCAAGAGUGAUAGGGAAGCCAAGGACACAAAGAAGCAGUACUCCGAGAAAAUAAAGUCCAUGAAACAGGAGUUGGAAAAAGCCAAAAAAGAGUUGGAAGAAAGUAAGAAAACUCUGGAAGAAUACGAAUCUAAAACUAAUCACGAAGUCGCGGAGAAACAAAAAGUCGAAACUGAGUAUAAGAAAAAGUUGCAGGCGGUGGAGGCCAAGCUUCAGGCUUUGAAACGAAAGCAAAAGGACAAUGAAAAAAUAGGCGCCCUGCACGAAGAGAGGGAAAAGAAAGUUCAGGAACUCGAGGUGCACAUUGACAGGAUGAGAAAUCAACAGGAUCAGCUCCAGAAGAAGCUUAAAGAAGAGGCUGACAGGAAAAUAAAAAUGGAGAGAGAAAUGCAGAAACAACAGCACAAGAUCAAGGAACUUGAAGAUAAUAUGAGCCAGCAGCAGAAGAUACUUAAAAGGAAAACAGAAGAGGUGGCAGCCGCUAAGCGGCGACUUAGAAGUGUUGGCAAACAAGGAUCUGAAGAAAAGGAGAGCGAUGAACAAGCAAAAUUAGAGCAACGCCGUCAAUGGUUGGAUAAUGAAGUCGAAAAAGUUUUGAGGAGAAAGGAGGCCAUGGAAGCUUUAGCAGAGGAGCUGAAGAAAAGAGAAGCCAUCCUACUAAACAAAGAAGCCAUGCUGGCCGAGAAAAGUGAACUGGAAAUGAAGAAACUACGCUCUAGCCAGAUACUUACCAAGGAUAUUCUUCGACUAUCUACCCAACUUGGAGAAGUUGAUAAACAGAUCCAACAAAAAGGGAAAAAUUUGGACGAAACUGACGCUUCAAGUCAAAGUAAGAGCAAUGAAAGUGCAAAAACUUUGGAGAGAACAAAAGAUGAACUUCUAAAACAACGUGAACUUUUGGAGCAGAAACUACAGGAAGGCUCCUUGUUAGAUCCUAAGGAAGAAAGGAGGCUUAUUGAACUAGACGAACCUUUCCGCUGCCUUCGAUACACUGCGAUCGAGUUUAAAAACGAUGGAAUUGCUACCCAACAAAAAGAAUUGGACAGUGGUAAACUUCUUACAGACAAAGACCGAGAAGGACUGAUGAACAAGCUGAGUAACCUCUCACAAAGGGAAGCCACCGCCCUGUUGUCAAAAUACUUUGAGAAAGUUGUCGAGUUGCGGGGAAGUGAGAAGAAACUGGAACUGCAUUGCAGCGAUUUGGAGGUUCGUAUAACCGAGCAAGAACGGAUCAUUGGUGAACUAGGUCGUGGAUUGCAGCAAGCUGGAAUAAAAGGGGACCGAAGGCUAGUGGAGCAUCAAAAGAAAUACGAACAGAGGAUACAGUUCUUAAUGAACAAACUUCGUGAUGCUGAGUUAAAUGAGACACCAGAUGAGAGAAUAAGUGAACUUGAAAAUAGAGCCCAACAGUUGGAGAAAGAUCUGUAUUACUACAAGAAAACAAGCCGCGACCUGAAAAAGAAACUGCGAGAGAAGAUGGUGUCUGGAAUGGGUACCAGUGUUGAAUCGGAUGUUUUUAUGGCCAGUAGUGAACUGGAAGCUCAGCAUAAAAGUACAGAUGUCUACACCAAGCAAUUAGCGACAGACGUUUCCCGUAUGAAGCAUUCUCUCGCCGAAAAGGGAAUGGGAGUUCCUUCUCAAGCUUCUACUCCUGUUAGGGUUUCUCGUAAAGAGCUUCGACAGCUGAGUUCACAGGAAGUGUCAAUGCGUAGAUCUCAGUCUUCUGUGGCCAGCACGGUCCCCGAAUUGCCAGGUCUCUUUGACAAACACAGCCUUGUGGAAGAAUCUGCCGACGACUUAGUACAAGAUUCAAUUGAACAAAACAAGAAUCCCUGGGCUUAAAUCUACAUUUUUACCAACGUGAGAAAGGAAGAUGUAAGGAAUUGAGACCAUGGAUGAAUUUGAUGUGUUAAUAUAGAUUAGUUUUCCAUGGUCUAUGUGACAUUGCAACCCACUAUUAAUUUCCGCGUGAGUCUAUUGGCUACUUUACAUCGCGUGGUGCAAAAUCACUGGACCGGGAAGAAGCCAGCUCUUGUGUUUUACUUUUUAAUCUUUAUUACUUUACCCGGAAGAAAAACCAAUUGGUUAAGUAGAGUAAUCGUGGUAGUGAUAUUAAAAAGCAGAUCUCAAAUUCUGCUCCAGAAAGUACAAAAUGUCAAGAAAAUUUAUUUUCAUCGCGCGGUAUGACACGUAAUGGGAGGAUUAUAAAUCAAAUAAGCCACCUUCUGGCUUGCUGGUAUGUCGGCUGUGAUGUCCUUUGCUGAGAGACUGUCCUCAAAAUUUCACAUUUUCCCUCGAAGCUUCGCUUCCCCGCCAGAAAAUUCGUUUUUCGGACAAUUACCCAGUCGUGGAAGUUAGCCAUCGACACACCAGCUACCGGAAGGAGUUUAUUUACUUAAUUCUUUGUUUCGGUAAACUCUUGCCCCAUGUAUUUUAUUGUUUUCAACAGUUGGUCGACUCUGUAAAGAAUAUGUUGUGGAGCUAAAACGCAACUUUAUUGUUACAUACAUUCGUCGUGAAAACAGACUAAGGGUGAAAGCUUGAAGUGUGUCAGUAUUUAUUUAUUUGUUUAUUACUAAUGCGUUCUUGUGGGUAAGUCGUUUUAGUAACAAUCGUUCCAUCAGCUUUUGUGCGUUUGUUUAUUUUUACAGCACAAGCUACUUUUUAGAAGCAUGUUAAAUAAAGAGCCUGACGGCCGUAACGGACAAACGGGACAGCAUAGCUGUAUUUUACUUCCUCUCCUUUUAUUUCUUUGAACUGUAGAACAAUUCUGUAAAAAAGACAUGGGUAUAAUACAAAGUUGUAUAAAAUCAUACGUUGUAAUUAUAAAGUUGAAAGUCUACUUUUCAUCUUAAUCAUGUUUACUUCUGAACAGUUCAUAUAAUGAAACAGUUUUCUACACUUGUUCAAAGCGAAGAUACUAUGGUACGUAUUUUUUAAUGGAACCAUUUUAUUUAUUGGUGUGGUAGGCGUCAUGGUCUUGAAACAUGUGUUGACUGGGCCAAAAAUGUCAGUAAAAGUGAUGUUCCACAUGGCGGGAGGACGUUCUUACUGAGUGUGUUGCAAGUUUUAUGACAGAGUUAUGUACGGUUGUAGAAUCACCUAUACUCCAAGUAGACCGAGAGAGUUCUCCUGGGAAAGAUACAGAAAGAUCUCUCAUUUGCGACAAUUUUAUGUAAUUUUGUUUUUGCUCCACAACUGAAAGUUCAAUUCUUGCCGUUUAUGUCAACGUAAACUUGUUUCUGAUGAUCAUUUUCUUCUCUCUUUUCCCUUCGCAUGUAUUUGCUAUGAGACCCGCACAUAAUUAGUUGAGGUACAAAUAUUGCACCCAAUUGAAACGAAAGGUAUUAGUGAAACGUAUGUGCUACGUUUGGACAACAUUUUACUCACUUAUCCAUUUGAACUCUUAACUUCACUGGGUUGGGCGUAGUCCUUAUAUUAUCAGGAUAAGAAUAGCCUUAAUGCUCUUUCUGCACGUCACUCAUUUCCCAGGCUAUAUUUUGACUUGU